UGGAUGCGCUUUUUACGCAGCGCACUUUCUCCAAGAUAAUCCACAUUUCCCCCUAUUGGAAGACGCAUUGAAGGUCUGCUUCCCCCUCAGAACAGCUGUGUUUACAUGAUCCAAGUUUGCCAUUCGCACUUUUGGAACAUUUCCUUCGAGGGACGGGCCGCCGUAGCACCUCCUCGGACGCAUCAUUCAGAAACAGAAACACGUCAAGAGCGCCACUGACUUACUGGGAGCUCUGAUGUGCGGAGGGUGAAGCGCUUUCGACCUGAACAUAGCAGGACAGGAACCAAACGAAGGCUGAGGACGCACAAAUAUGCGCGUAAAUGGAGAGCGGUGUCGAGGAGUCCUUUGCGCUUCUCUCAGGAUAGCACAGUCGUGAUGUUCAGUACCUCCAGAACUGAGCCGAUUUCAAUGGCACUGUGCUGUUGCUCUACAACAUCCUCGUCAAAAGCCCCACAACCAUGUGGAACAAGUCGUGCGGGGAACAGCUGCUGGAUUUCGGGCGCCCGGAGAAGAUUAUCAUCGGAGUGAUGCUGGCGAUCAUCACGGCAGUCACCGUGAUGGGGAACACGCUGGUGGUGAUCGCUGUGUGCGUGGUGAAGAAGCUGAGACAGCCUUCAAACUACCUGCUGGUGUCCUUAGCGGUGGCAGACCUGUCAGUUGCCAUAGUUGUGAUGCCGUUUGUCAUCGUGACAGACCUCACCGGGGGCAAGUGGCUGUUUGGGGAGGUGUUCUGCAACAUCUUCAUCGGCAUGGAUGUAAUGUGCUGCACUGCUUCUAUCAUGACCCUGUGUGUGAUCAGCGUGGAUCGGUAUCUGGGGAUCACGCGGCCUCUCACCUACCCUGCACGGCAGAAUGGUCAGCUGAUGGCCAAAAUGAUCCUGGGAGUGUGGCUGGUGUCAGCAUCCAUCACCCUGCCACCUUUCUGCGGUUGGGCCAAAAACGUUCACACGGCUGGCGUGUGCCUCAUUAGCCAAGACUUUGGAUAUACCAUCUACUCUACUGCUGUAGCCUUCUACAUCCCUAUGCUGGUGAUGCUCGUCAUGUACUACAAGAUUUUUCGGGCCGCUCGAAAGAGCGGCGCCAAGCACCGAUUCACUGACCUGUCACGCCGCGAGCGACUCGAAACAGUGGCCAAUGAGGCAUUGAGGAUGCAGGGCCUGAAGCCGCCCGGCGUGGCGGAGGAAUGUGCCACUUUGUCUCGCCUGCUGAACCGCGAGCGCAAGAACAUCUCCAUCUUCAAGCGGGAGCAGAAAGCCGCCACGACUCUUGGAGUGAUCGUAGGAGUGUUCGCCGUGUGCUGGCUGCCUUUCUUCAUUCUGUCCACUGCCAGGCCUUUUAUUUGUGGAGUGGAGUGUAGCUGCGUGCCCAUCUGGCUGGAGCGUACUCUGCUUUGGUUGGGAUACGCCAACUCUCUGAUGAACCCAUUCAUUUACGCCUUCUUCAAUCGAGACCUGCGCUCCACCUACCGUGACCUCCUCCGCUGCCGCUAUCGCAACAUUAACCGCCGCCUCUCAGCGGUGGGGGUGCAUGAAGCUCUUAAGGUGUGACCUCCAGCAUAUUUGGGUUAAUAGGAUACACUCUGUGCCUAUGAGGCACCUUGUACACCACAAGCAUGUAGAUAGGACCGUCUGACGGAGACGGUGCUGGUGGCUCCGUAGCCCCUCUACAAAGGCACCGAGAUAGCUCGAUUAUUUUUGCUUUGUCUGUGACUCACCCCCGCUAUUUUGGGAAAGAAAAUCAUAGAGCAUUCUUGAUAGCCAUUCAAGCCGACAACGCUUUUUGUGAAUAUGUCACAAUUACAUCCCCGGCUCUGGAUUUACUGUGUGAUAAUGCAGCUACAAAAUGAGACGACACGAGGAAUCGUCUGAGGGCUUUCAGACACAAAUCGAUGGAAACGGAUUGGUGUAUAUUAGCAAAAUUGAUGUUUUCUGAGGAAAACCGUUUGUUUUGUGAAACCACGUAUCUUGAGAGUCUUUAUUCUAAAAAAGAAUUCUACAGCAGAAAGGAUAAAACCUUGAUGUAUUUUACGCUAAUUUAAUCAUCUGCCAUUAUCUUAUCAUUGGUCCACGCUCUAGAAAAUCGAUUGGACCGCCUUAAAUGUUUAAUUAAUCUUAAAGUCAUUGGUAACCGUAGGAAGGAGUGGUGAUAAAAUGCAACAUUCCUAUAAAUGUGUGUGCUCACAGAAGAGAGGAAUGAUGGUUCCCCAAAUGUUUGUCUGACAUGCCACUGCUCACAUGAAUCAAGAGAGAAGUUGAAGAGUAAACAGCAGUUCUGGUAUUGAACUAAUUGUGGAUUAGUAAUAUUUCUACCUUUCUGCAUUUCCUUUUUGCCAGUUUCAUUUGGAAAACGAUGACUUCUUUUUUUUUUCUCCAACGAUUGUCAGCCUCUCUUUCUCAGUUUUGGAUCAGGAUGCGGUCACUUCCCUUCCGAUGACACGCCCGUUUGAACAAGUGACCCCCAACAACGUCAUCAGUUCAGCAGCCUGUACUUUUUCUACCUCGAUUUUUUGACAGCACUGUCCUCUUUAAAGAUGUGCAUACUGCUGUAAUGUUUUUAGACUGACCGUUCUUUUUUUAAUGGUGUGAGCUGAUUUGUCGCCAUCUCUGCGUGAAUGCUCUGUGUGACUGCCUCGUUUGUACCCUGAGAAAACAAUCAGAGGAAGUGGCAUUUCAUCACUUUGUAAAUAAAGAAGCACUUAAACGUCA